AGGGGAGAUCUGCUGGUACCAGGGCCACCGUGUGGCGGGGCUCUUCGAGACCAGCGAGCAGGCGGUGCUUUGCGCCGAUGAGGCGCAGAAGGAGAUGGCGCUACACAAUGCGACCCGGAAGGGCGACUUCCAGCUGGGGAUGGUUUGCGCCUGCGACUUGGGCGAAGUUUGGCGCUCCACGUCCGUGGCCUCCCCAACCGCCGGUCCCGUGCUGCAAAGGGCCUUGGGCCUGGCGGCGGCAGCGGGGAAGGUGGGCGACAUCCUGGCGACUUCAGAGCUGACGGCCGCUAAGGAUUGGGCCAAAACUGCGGCUCAUGUGGAGGUGUCUGGGGAGAAGGCAGUGGUGCUCGACAAGGACACCGUCCGAUUCCACACAGUCUCGGUGCAAGCUGCGGCCUAGGUCGGCCGAGGCAACCCGCUCGCUCUGAGAGGUGCAGACGUGCAGUGAAUCAGUCAGACGUCCCAGGGC